AUGGGUACGUGUAACUUAAGGUGGGGUAUAUCAUCACUCCAAGCAGAGCUUGAAGCGUUGGUAUGGGCUAUGCAGUGCAUGUUACGGCAGAGAAAGUUAACAAUAGUGUUUAAAACGGACUGUUCCGAUGUGGUAAAGAUGGUGUCUAAACUCGAGGAGUGGCCAGCUUUUGCACCAAUACUAGAGGAAUUCUGCAGAUAUAGGAUGAAGUUCACCUUCUUCUCCAUAGUGCAUAUCCCAAGAACGAAGAACACGAAGGCAGACAAGUUAGCACGGAGUGCUCGAGUUCUACUUGCAUAUAUGUUUUAUGUAAACUAUGUUUCUCCGGCUUGGGUUUCCGAGUUGGUUUAG